UAGUUACCACAAAAAUGCAUACAACCGUCUUGAAUCCUCAUGAUAAAACACAGUUUCACCAUUUCUCACCUUCAUAUAUUCUUCACUAUCCUCUCUUCACAUCAAACCCUGCUACCAAUGGCGAGCACAAGCAACGUGUUGACCACAAUCCUCAACGUGAUGACCUUACUCUUAGGCGUCAUCCUGAUCACCGGCGGCGUAUGGACGUCUGUCCACCCCGGAACUGCCACCUUAUGUGAAAAAACAUUCGCCAAACCCUACUUAUUCACCGGGAUAUUCCUCGUGCUACUCGCGGUCCUCGGGAUCGUUGGCGCUUUCUUCCGGAUCAACUCCUUCCUAUACAUUUACUCCGCCGUGUUGCUUAUUAUCAUUGUUGGCUUACUGGCCUUUGCAAUCUUUGCUCUGGUGGUUACCAAUAAGCGAAUUGGGAAGGCCGUGUCCAACCACAGGUUUAGAGAGUACCGGUUUAGGGAUUACUCUAAGUGGCUGCAGAAACAUGUUGUCACCGAGAAGAAUUGGGAUAAUAUCAAGAGUUGUUUGAUCGAUUCGCGUAUUUGUAUGGCGAUCGCGCGAGCAAAGACUGCUAAGGAGUUUUACCGGAGUAGUUUGACUCAACUUGAGUCUGGUUGCUGCAAACCACCGGGGAACUGCAAGUAUUUGUUUGUGAAUGCGACGUAUUGGGUGCCACCGAAGUCGGGGAUUCAGUCGGAUGAUCCGGACUGCAAGAGUUGGAGUAACAACCAGAAGAAGCUGUGCUACGAUUGCGGGUCGUGCAAAGUUGGAGUGUUGAGUAACAUGAAGCAUUUGUGGAGGAAGUUUGCGAUGCUUAACUUUAGCAUUCUUGUUUUUGUGAUCGUUAUCUACUGCAUCAGUUGCUGUGCUAUCAGGAACAAUAACGAGAUACCGCAACCUUGCCACAUCUGAGUUGAAGGGCUGUUUGUUUUGUUUAUGUUUGAAGUUAUGUCUUUUGCUACCUUAUUUAUGUUUUAACUUAUG